CGACAGUGCUGAAUAUUUGCCAUAGCGCAUAAAGCCUGACCAUCAAAAGGAAUUCAUAUAUUUUCUUUUUAAAUUUCCUUUUGGUAGUGAAGGUAUAUCUUCAUUCUUCCUGUAUUAUAAACAUAAAACAAGCUGUCUCCAUGGUGAUGAAGUCAUCAGUAGAGGAGGAGGAGGGAGGCUGGGGCCUAGGAAUCCCAGAAAAGAUGAGAAACAAUGCCAACUGGGUAGACAUUACCCAAGACUUCAAAGGAGCUUGUAAAGAACUUAAACUUGGCGAGUUGCUACAUGAUAAACUAUUUGGUCUGUUUGAGGCAAUGUCAGCCAUUGAGAUGAUGGAUCCUAAAAUGGAUGCGGGGAUGAUCGGAAACCAAGUUAACCGUAAAGUUCUCAACUUUGAACAGGCCGUUAAGGACGAGGCCAUUAGAGUGAAAGACCUGAGUGUUCCUGAGCUCAUCGGGAUCAUGGACACAUGUUUCUGUUGUCUGAUCACAUGGCUGGAAGGUCAUUCCCUCGCUCAGACCGUGUUUACAUGUCUGUAUGUUCAUAACCCGGAUCUGAUUCAAGACCCUGGUCUUAAAGCAUUUGCAUUAGGCAUCCUCAAAAUAUGUGACAUUGCCCGUGAGAAAGUCAACAAAGCCGCUGUGUUUGAGGAGGAAGACUUUCAGGCGAUGACAUACGGCUUUAAAAUGGCAAAUAAUGUAACGGAUUUGAGAGUUACAGGUAUGCUAAAAGAUGUUGAGGAAGAACUUCAACGGAAAGUAAAGAGCACACGCAGUCGACAGGGUGAACAGAGAGAUCCUGAAGUGGAGCUGGAUCAUCAGCAGUGUGCGGCUCUCUUCAGCCGUGUUAAAUUCACCCGUCUGCUGCUCAGCGCACUUAUUUCCUUCACUAAAAAAGAGACGAGUGCUGUUGGUGAAGCACAGAAGCUGAUGACACAGGCAGCUGAUUUACUGCCUGCGAUACACUCCACCAUCCAGUAUGGGAUACAGUCACAGAAUGACACCACCAAAGGAGAUCAUCCGAUCAUGAUGGGUUUUGAGCCGCUGGUUAACCAACGUCUGCUGCCCCCCACUUUCCCACGCUAUGCCAAGAUUAUCAAGAGAGAGGAAAUGGUCAACUACUUCAGUAAACUUAUCGAGCGCAUUAAAACCAUCUGUGAAGUCAUCAACAUAGCAAACCUGCACAGUAUCUUGGAUUUCUUCUGUGAGUUCAGUGAGCAGUCUCCAUGUGUUCUUUCUAGAUCAUUGCUGCAGACCACGUUUCUGAUUGACAAUAGGAAAGUGUUUGGGACUCAUCUGAUACAGGACAUGAUCAAGGAUGCACUGCGACAUUUUGUCAGCCCUCCCGUUCUGUCCACAAAAUGCAGUUUGAACAAUAACCAUCAGGCUAAAGAUUACAUUGACUCCUUCGUCACACACUGCUCACGGCCAUUCUGCAGCCUCAUCCAGAUUCACGGACACAACAGAGCACGACAGAGAGACAAACUGGGUCACAUACUGGAGGAGUUUGCCACCCUUCAGGAUGAGGCUGAGAAGGUGGAUGCUGCUCUUCACGGCCUGCUGAUGAAGCUGGAACCUCAGAGGCAGCAUUUGGCAUGUCUGGGCACCUGGAUCCUCUAUCACAACCUGAGAAUCAUGAUCCAGUAUCUACUCAGUGGUUUUGAGCUGGAGCUGUACAGCAUGCAUGAGUAUUAUUACAUUUACUGGUAUCUAUCUGAGUUUCUGUAUGCAUGGCUGAUGUCAACGUUGAGUCGAGCGGACAGCUCUCAGAUGGCAGAGGAGAGAAUUCUAGAAGAACAGCUUAAAGUUCGGAGCAGCAAGAAAAGCAAAAAGAAGAAGAAAGUUCGCCCUUUGAGUAAAGAGAUCAGCAUGAGUCAAGCUUACCAAAACAUGUGUGCUGGCAUGUACAAGACAAUGAUAGCGCUCGAUAUGGACAGGAAGGUACGUAAACCUCAGUUUGAGCUGGACAGUGAGCAGGUCCGUUACGAGCAUCGUUUCGCUCCCUUCAACAGCGUCGUCACACCGCCUCCUGUGCACUAUAUACAGUUUAAGGAAAUGUCUGAUUUAAAGAAGUACAAUCCUCCUCCUCGCUCAGCGGAUCUCUACAUGGCAGCCAGCAAACAUUUCCAGCAGGCCAAACUCAUACUUGAAAACAUCACCAGCCCAGAUGCAGAGGUCAAUCGCAUUCUUAAAGUGGCCAAACCCAAUAUUGUGGUAAUGAAACUGCUGGCUGGAGGACACAAGAAGGAGACCAAGGCACUUCCUGAAUUCGACUUUUCCGCACACAAAUACUUUCCUGUAGUGAAGAUAAUUUGAGAAGAACCAUGAUUACAGCAGAAACUCCUUCAAAGCAUGGACUGAACAUUUAUUGUGGCCACUGAAUAAAAUACCAGCCAUAACUUUAA